CUCUGAAGCCUUCUCCCUUGUCCUUCACAACUUAAUUGAACUCAAAUCAGGCUGCUGUCCAAAGGUUUGACUUUUCACCUUCCCACUAGUCUGGGUGACUGUAAAACAUCAGAGCACAUUGUGUUAGCAUCUACCUUCCCUAUGGCUGGCAGGGGGACUUCCAGUGAUCAGGACCUGGUUUGAGGACAGCAUUAUUGAAAUAGUUGUACUACUGUGGAAAGGACCUGUCUCCUGCAUCCUCAUCUCUCCCCAUCACUUACAGACACAGGUGGCCCUGGGAUGGGAGGAGAAACAGGGCAUAUUUCCUUUCAAUUUCUUGAGCCUGAAGAAUGAAGGAAAUGAAAUGCUUUCACAGGGACUCAGGAGCCGGGCUCACAAACCUUUCUUUCACAACAAAUGCCUGUUGUUCCUGUAACUUCUGAUGUUAUUCUUCCAGAAAUUUAAACCAGCCUUGCCUUGCAGCCACAGACUGCAGAAGCCCAGCUGGAGUGGAGCUUUCCUUGUCCAGCUCCCCUGCUCCCUGGCACAUGCUAAAGAGCCUGGCUUGUCCUCUUGCACUGACUUAGCUGGGCUAGGUGGAGAUUGAGAACAACAUGUGCAUGUUGGUACCUUAUCUGCUCCAUGGGUUUUGACUUAAAGUUAUCCAGAACAGGUUUGGAGGUGCCUCUGAGUAGAUAAUUGAGGGUGAAAUGGGUCUGACAAGAUGCCCAUCAUGGUAGAUGACAUUAUGAAGCUUCUGUGCUCCAUUUCCCAGGAGAGGAAAAUGAAGGCGGCUGUCAAGCACUCUGGGAGGGGUGCCUUGGUUGCAGGGACAGUGGCCUUUGUUGGCGGUUUGGUUGGUGGCCCACCAGGAAUUGCUGUUGGGGGGACUGUUGGGGGCCUGUUAGGUGCCUGGAUGACGAGUGGACAGUUUAAGCCUGUUCCUCAGAUCUUAAUGGAACUGCCCCCUGCCGAACAGCAGAAACUUGUUAACGAAGCCACGGCCAUCAUCAGGAACUUGGACUGGACAGAUGCUGUACAGCUCACUGCUCUGGUCAUGAGCAACCAGGCCAUGCAGCAGAAGCUCUUGGCCAUGCUCACCACCUAUGUCACCAAGGAGCUGCAAGCUGAGAUCCGCUAUGAUGACUAGGCCACUCCCCCCUGGGGGAUGACUUUCAUUUGGAUGAUUCUAUAGCUCCCAGAAGAUGACCAGGGAAUGGAGGAUGCCUGGCAUGUACCUCUGCACAUCAUCAGCAUUGACUGUAUGCUGGAGUAUGAGUACAUCCUGUUGGACUGUCCCCUGCUGAAGAGGCUUUGGCCAUGUAUGUAUGGCUGUGUGUGUUAUGGAAAGGUACAGGCUGUUGGCAUCCACAAACAGCUUGGGAGUCCUCUUGAUCCUGUAGGUCUAAAAGAAGUUCUCAUGUUGGCUGGCCAACUGUGCUGGAUGAUCCUCUUCCUGUGAAGGUACCUCUAAGUAUCUGUCAGAGGAUUGGACUCCCUUAGGCUCUAGGGUCUUGGGGUUUAGAGCCAGAACUUGCCAGGACUGUGCUUACCUGCUGAGUGUUCCCCUUCUUCACCCAGGGACUUCUUAGUGGUCUCACAAUGACAGUGGUUCCUACUUUGAGUGAAGCCACAGAUACCAGGCAGUCUCUAUACUCCACCAUUGUCUAUGCCCCAGGGUCUCUUGAGUAACUUUGGUUAAACUUCUAGAGUCUUUUGACUUCUUAUGGAAAAUCAUGGCACUUAUUAUCUUUUACUUUUAUUGCCAAUUCUGGAUCCUUUUUAUUCUCUACACUUUUGUAGUCUAAGUUAAUUAAACUCCUUUUUGUUUUUCUUACUAUGUUACCUGGGCUGGCCUUGGACUCUUGGGCUCAAGUGAUCUUGCCACAUAGCUAGGACUGUAGGCUUGUGCCACCAUACCCAGCUUUACCUCAAAGACUGUUCUCCACGCCACUUUAUCUAAGUUAGUUCUUCCAUGUUCUCUAUCCCAGCUCAGUUUCCUCUGGGCAUUGGCUGCAAUCUACAAUUUUCUUGUUUGAAAAGACAAAAUUAACAAUGAAUUCAGUUCAAAGAUCCUGACUGAGCUAGGUGCUGUGAUGCACACACCCACAGUCCCAGAAAAGUGAAAGGCCAAAGCAAGAGCAUCAUUGAGCCCAGGAAUUCAAGACAAACCUGGGAGAUAGAGGGUGGGGUCAUUCCUCAUCACCUUACUUGGCUUUUAUUUGCAGUCACAGAAUGGAGAUGCAGUGAAUGUUCUGAUGUGCUAGAGAGAGGAGGCUGACAGAGGAGGCCAAGGGAAAGCAGAAACAAAAGCACUAAGUUUAACUAACCCACGGGUAGGCAAGCACCUUAUCACCCUGGAUGAAACUGGCUGUUUAGGGAUUUGGCUAGCCUCUCCUAGGUUUCCCUAAGGGACAAUGGCUCAAACCUUGGAACCUAGGAUCUUGGAUAAGCUAGGUAGAUUCCACCAGUGAGCCCCAGCUCUCCUGUCGUAGAGCCAAGACAAGUGCUGUCUGUACUGCUAAGCCUGGUCCCAGCCCUUGAGGGGCUCAAUUUUGGUUUGGCCAAUUGGUCCUAGUGCUGGAGCUCAACCAAUAACAUCAUAUACAUUUUAUUAAACAUUUGAUACUUCUUUAAAAAAAAAAAGAUUUAUU